CCACUCUUUACACUUUCCUCAUUCAUCAUUUACAAGAAUGGACAUUUUCGGAAACUUCAAUUUCGAUCCACUUCCUUUAGUACCAACUACUUCUACAUCAACCUCUAAUAAUGGAAGCUAUGGAAAAGCUAAUUUCUCUGAUGAAGAAGUCAUGAUGUUAGCUUCUAAAACCCCGAAAAGACGUGGGGGCAGGAAGAAGUUUCACGAAACUCGACACCCCGUUUACAAGGGAGUGAGGAGGAGGAAUUCCGAAAAGUGGGUUAGCGAAGUAAGAGUACCAGGUGAAAAAUCAAGAAUUUGGCUUGGCACGUUCCAAACUGCAGAAAUGGCGGCUAGAGCUCAUGAUGUGGCGGUCAUGGCUCUUAGAGGCCGGUCAGCUUGUUUGAACUUUCAGCGACUCGGCACGGAAAAACUUGAGAGAAUUACCAUCAUUGACCAAGUCAUACAAGACGUUGUCGUUGGAGAAUUGACGGAUUAUAAUGUGUUGUUCAUGGACGAGGAUGCGCUUUUCUACAUGCCAAGAUUACUAGCAAAUAUGGCCGAAGGGCUAAUGCUACCUCCGCCUCAAUGUAUAGAAGGAUACGGCAUGGAAACUGAUGAUAUUGACAUGUCUUUGUGGAGUUAUUGAAUUUA